UUAUGCAUUGUAGAUUAUCUCUUGGAUAUCCAGGAAGUGAGUUUCCUCCUGUAUUUGCAUAUUUAAUUGGAUUGCUCAAAACAGACUGAAGAAGUCCUGAAGAUUGAUGGAGGGCCAUGCUAUUCAAACAGCAGGUGUUGCUGAGACAGAAGCUCUUUGUGCUAGGCAGCCUUGCUAUUGGAAGUCUCCUAUAUCUAGUUGCCAGAGUUGGGAGCUUGGAUAGACUGCAGCCCCUCUGCCCCAUCGAUGGUCGAUUUGGACCCCGCAGCCAGGAUGAAAUCCCGCUGCGAGCUCUGCAGUUCAAGCGAGGGCUACUCCACGAGUUCCGUAAGGGCAAUGCCACAAAGGAGCAAAUACGACUGCACAAUCUGGUUCAGCAGCUUCCCAAGGCCAUCAUCAUUGGGGUGCGGAAAGGAGGCACACGUGCACUGUUAGAGAUGCUGAAUCUUCACCCUGCAGUGGUCAAAGCUUCUCAAGAGAUUCAUUUCUUUGACAAUGAUGAGAACUAUGCCAAGGGGAUUGAGUGGUACCGGAAAAAAAUGCCUUUUUCUUACCCUCAUCAAAUAACAAUUGAGAAAAGCCCCGCAUAUUUUAUCACUGAGGAAGUACCUGAAAGGAUUUACAAAAUGAACUCGUCUAUCAAAUUAUUGAUCAUUGUCAGGGAACCCACCACAAGAGCUAUUUCUGAUUACACUCAGGUGCUGGAAGGCAAGGAAAGAAAGAACAAAACUUACUACAAAUUUGAAAAGCUGGCUAUUGAUCCUAAUACCUGUGAAGUGAACACUAAGUAUAAGGCAGUAAGAACCAGCAUCUACACAAAACACCUGGAAAGAUGGUUAAAAUAUUUCCCAAUUGAGCAGUUUCAUAUUGUAGAUGGAGACCGGCUCAUCACAGAACCACUGCCGGAACUCCAGCUGGUCGAGAAGUUCCUAAAUCUUCCUCCAAGGAUAAGUCAGUACAAUUUAUACUUCAAUGCCACCAGAGGGUUUUAUUGCUUGCGAUUUAACAUUGUCUUUAAUAAGUGCCUGGCAGGUAGCAAGGGACGCAUUCAUCCAGAGGUGGACACCUCUGUCAUUACCAAAUUGCGCAAGUUCUUUCAUCCUUUUAAUCAAAAAUUUUACCAGAUCACUGGGAGGACAUUUAACUGGCCCUGACCUAAACUCCAUGCCACAUUUUCGGAUGCAUCUGAGACAUGCAGUAAUGUCUCUGCUAAAAUAUGCACUUUUCACAGACAUAGUAUCAAAGUAACAUUUUUCAUGCAUACGUGUACAUAUGCAGUGUGUGACCAAAUAUACAGUGGGAUCAAUUUUUUCUACAGAAUAAUAACAUUAAUUUACCGUCAGCAUAGUUGCAUCUUUUGAGAUAUACUAAUAAAGGACAAAGAGGUACUUAGGGAAAUAAAGUCAGACACCAUUAAAAGAGUCAGUGUUCCUCUUGCUUGAAGUGUUUAUGUGACAUACUUAUCAAUCUAAGCAGAAUGUUAGUUUAUGUCAUACAAAUUCAUGUCAAAAGUCUGUGAAGCUGUGAGAAAGCAUAAUAUUCAGGCUAUAUUUGGUAUGUGUAUUGCUGAAGGAAUACUGACACUUUAAAUACCAUACUGAAUUUUUACAAUGAGAGUGGAUAGUACUAUUUUCUUAUUAUUUGAAAUUAAUAUUUCAUUAAACGACAUUGGUUCGGGGUUCCUGUGGUGAGUUUGCACUAUUGUUUUAUUGUAUGGACCAUAGUGUCACUUGUAGCAUGUCAAUCAUGUGUCAAAAAAAGUCAAAUAACUUUUUCUUCUCUGAUUGAGUGUUGACAAAGACAAACAUCAUGUACAUAGUGUACAAUGUUUGUAAAUACUGGUUUCACACUAAGUAAUUCUAUUUUGUAAACUGAAUAUGGCUAUUUAAUUUAUUGUGAAAAUUAAAUUUAUUGUGGUAUUUAAAAAUGGAAUGGAUUAAAAUUACCUAUAUGCACAACAGUUAUUCAGCUUUCUUUGAUGUAUAUAAACACAGUUCCUUAGAUUGGACAAAUCAUGGUCAUGUUUGUGCAAGAGUUGCGUAUGGAAACUUGGUUUCUGAACAGUUGAGAUAACUGAUAUAUGAGGUGAAGAUUAGUUUAUUAAAAAAUGCAACCAUCUGGGGAUAUGGUGUUAUACACAGCUCAAAGAACAUUACUGCUGUUCUGUUACAGCACUUUGCAAUAAUUAAUUCCAUUUCAGUAACCCAUGAGGAUAAAGAACAACUCUAAAAGAUUACUGUAACCAAGUAUAUCAGAAAAGCAGAGCAGCCAUUAAAACCAAAACAGCAGACAGACAAAGUAGAUUAGAAGAGCUACAGAGAUUUCAUCAUAGGAAGCCAGUAAUGUUUCAGAAGUCAGGGAAAACUGUUUAACUGUUUUGAUACCUCUGCUUUUAUCUGACAACCCAUGCAUCUGCUCAGAAACAACCACACUGUUGUUAGUAUUGGCAUAAACAUGUAGCUCAGCUCAUGUUUUCAUUCAGUAAGUGACAAGAAAUUAGUACAGAAAGUGAAUGUUUUAAUGCUUUAUACACUGUAUGACCCUUAAGGAUUAAUAUGAAAAACAGUAGGAAUAUUUCACAGAAUCAUAGAAUCACACAGAAUGGCCAGGGUUGGAAGGGACCUCAAGGAUCAUGAAUUCCCAACCCCCUCCCCCGCUACAUGCAGGGCCACCAACCUCCACAUUUAAUACUAGACCAGG